UUCGUUUAAUUUGGAUACGUUUUAAUGCUCUAACGUUUUGCGCAACGAUUUUAUAUAAAAAAAAACACAAAAUAAAAAAUUUUAUUUGUUUUGUUUCGUUAUUUUUUUUUGUAUUUUUUCUCGUUAUUUUUUUUUUUGAUUUCAAGCAAUAAUUUUGAAUUGAUUUGAAAAACGAUUGUUGUUCUCCUUUCAAUUAUCCGGUACAUUUUUUUUCUGUUAUAAAAUUUUAAUUGUUUUUUAUAAGUGUUAUAAUUUAAUUUAUAAAUUAAUUUCCAAUCGGAAUUUAUUAAUUGCGACAAUUAGAAUAAAACUUAAAAGAAAACUAAUAUUAAUAAAAAUAUUUAAAAAUUAUUAAAAAAAAAACACAUAAAAAUAAUUUAAUAGAAGUAACUAAAAAUAAGAAAUCAUCAUGACUGAAACAGUAAUUACAAUUCAACAACAACCGAAAACAACAGCAAGUGCACCAGCAGGACAAAAUGCUACCGCUGGAAUUCGUAUCAAUAUUGAAUAUUUUAAAACAUUACCUGGAAUAUUAAAACUUGUACAAUUGCUCUUAGGCAUUAUUUGUAUGGCACUUGCAUCACCAGCAGCUGCAUCAGUUACACAUUUCUUCUUAUUUGUAGCUGUUACAUCAUUUAUUGCAACAUUAUUAUGGGCAUUCGCAUAUUUCUUGAGUGUACGUGAAAAUCUUAAUUUGGCAAUUAAUUGGAUCUUAACGGAACUUCUAAAUACAGCCCUGGUUACCCUCUUAUAUUUAAUUGCAUUUAUUGUUCAAUUAUCCGGUUGGUCUACUUAUUAUCAUCCAUGGUCAGGAUCAAAUAUUGCAGCUGGUGUUUUCGGUCUAUUCAAUACAUUGGCAUAUGUUGCCGGCUGUUAUCUACUAUUCAUUGAACAUAGAAGUGGAGCAACACAAUAGUUAUCAAAAAAAAAAAAAAAAACAAUUUUAAUUUUCAAUUUUAAAAAAAAUGUUUCAAAAUAAAAUUAAAAUGUUCAUAAAAAAAUAAAGAAGAAAAUUAAAAAAAAAAAAGAUUUUUAUAAUAAAUAUUAAAUUAUUUUUAAUUUUUAUAUAAUUAUAAUUAUUUAUUUGAAAAGAACAAAAAAAAAACAAUAAAACAAAAAAUACAAAAAAAAAACACAAAAAUAUGUCAAAAAUGCAAGAAAAAUUUUCAAUUAUAAAAUUUAAGAAAAGCAAAAAAUAGUUAAGAAAAAUUAGUAGAAAAGUUGAAAUACAAAAAAAACAAACAAAAAUUUAAGGUUGUUAAAAUUUUCCGAGAAUCAAUUUUAUUAAUAAUUUUAAAAAUAGUUUUUAAAUAUGCAAACGUAAUAUUUGACUAAGUGUAGGAAAAACAUAUGUAUUUGACUGCGAUACUAAUUGCGGUAUAAGUGUAAAGACAGAGCCAAAGUGGUGAACGGCAACAGCAAACGAUUUCUCUUAUUAACAUAGAAAAGAACGGCAAAAUACAAAAUUCAUUAAGAAACACAGUGCAUCGGCAAAAUCAACUGUCCAGUCUUUUCAUGCAAUGUAACACACAUAUAACGACAGAUGAUGUAAAAAAAUCGCUAGCGAUAAAAUACGAAUUUAGGCUAUUUUACCUUUGUUGGUUAAAUUCGCGAUCGUAAUUUUGCUUCAUUUUGGACAUUCUCAUUUAUAUACAUGUGUUUAUUUUAUAUAUGAAUUUUGACAUUUCGCCGCGAAAAAUCGUUCUUCUCUGCUUUCAUCUUAAGUCACAUUAAUUUGAUUUGCUCUUAGGCGUUUUUGUCUUAUUUAAUUCUUCAAAAAAUAUUAAAGAAAUUCUUUGAAAAACUUCUAUUUCAACACAUUUCAUAUGUUUGUACUGCGCAAUAUUACAAAAUUUCGCUAUAUUGCAAAAAAAUAUUCAAGUUUAUGAGAAAAUUAGGGCUGUUUUCGCUAUAUAUCGUUAUAUACCGCAUUCAAAUUUCAAAUAUUAAGGUUGUAUAUAGCAUAUUAUAUAAAAUAUAACAAAGUAAAUAUUAAAUUUCACUGUUAUAUUUUUUUUUUAUAUAAAAAUUAAAAUUUUAAAUCACAAAAUUGAAUUUUUGAGUAUAUGAACGGCACAUUUUCGUUGUCAGAAUUUAUUCAAUUUGUUCUAAAUUUAAACUUUUAUAAAUUUUUUUUUUUGUACUUCCGUUUGCUUUUCAUCUAUAUUAUAAAAUUUCAUUUAUGUAGAAUUUUUUUAAUGACUUUUCUAUGUAUUUUUUUUUUUCUUUAAAACUUUUUUUUACUUUAUUUUUUUUUUGUAAUAAAUCUUUAGUUUUUAUGCUAGUUAAUAAAUAAUUUCUUAUUUUUAAUACGAAAAAUUAAUAAGAAAAAAAAAAUGGAAAAAAACAUUUUGUUUUAGAAUGUAAAAGAACAAAAUUAAAAAAAGGAAGAAAAACAAAACUAAAUUUCUUUUUUGUAAAAAAAUAAAAAAAAUUAAUAAAAUUAAAAAAAAAAUUAAUAAAAA